AUGGCCCGAUCCAUAAACAAUCAAUUCACGCCCUUGCUGGCGCUGCUUGCAUGGGCGACACUAUGGAUUUCCGUGGACAGUACCAGCUCCCUCACUUACUGCUCUAGUGAUAACACUGGGACGGGGUCUGCAAACUUUUCCAUCUACCAAUCGAACGGUAACUGCGAGGAGCAUUGCAGCGAUAGUGCGUUCGCCAUUCUGUUGGACAAGAACUGCUGGUGCUCUGACAUCGCUCCGAACGAUGAUGACAAUGUCGACACAUCGAAGUGUGACGAUGGCUGUCCCGGUUACCCGGACGAUUCAUGCGGUAACGCGGACGAUAGUCUGUAUGCCUAUAUCCAACUGGGGAGUCCUUCAGGAACCGCGAGCGCAUCAUCAACAAAGUCAACAUCAACAUCGACGUCAACGUCGACAUCAACGACAAGCUCGGAAACCUCGACUACAUCGACAGAUUCUACGACCACCACACACUCGAGUGUAACCGAGACCCAAACCCACGGUGGUCUAGUCACAACCAUAACCGUAGACAGCUCGAGUGCAACAUCGGCAGCGGAAACAAGUGGCACCCAGCAAGAAGAUAGCGACUCUGGUUCUGGCCUCAGCGGAGGGUCCAUUGCAGGAAUUGUCGUCGGAGUCGUGGGUGGUAUUGCACUGGUUGUGGCCGCCAUCAUCUUCUUUCUCGCAAAGCGCCGCCAUAACGAUCCGACCUACCAAGGUGCCGGCAUUGACGGCCGGCAAAGCAAGGGCUCGAAUAUGAGCUACGCCAACAUUGGAGACAACCACAGCCACACCUUGUCCAAUGGGUCUUCGAACAUCCCACAGCGCAUGCCCACCUUCACAGAUAACCGCUUGAACACGGGCGCAAUGCUGCGUCGGGAUAGCGAUGUAUCUCUUCAAGAUAACGAAGACUAUUCUCGGCCGGUUCUUCGACUCACCAACCCUGAUUAG